CAAUCUCUCCCCUUCCUCCAUUUGAUUCCCUUUUUUUCCUUAUCUUCACACCAAUCCUCUGUUCUCCUCAAAAACCUAAAAAAAGGUUGAAACUUUAUCGGACAAAAUGGCGACGAGAGGAAGCAGAUCGGAGAAAGUCAAGCGAAUCUUCAACCAAUUCGACGUCAACCGCGACGGAGGUCUCAACCGCGACGAGAUGGCGGCGCUCGUCGUCGCCGUGAACCCUAGAGUCAAAUUCAGCGACGAACAGAUCAACGCAAUCCUCGACGAAGUCUUCCGAACCUACGCCGAGUUCAUCGAUCCGUCAAACGGUCUAACCUACGACGGUCUCCUCCGCACUUACGACGACGGCGCCGGAGACGUCGACAGAGACUUCGACGCGUUGGGACUCGAGCUUAACCCCGACGAGGCAACGACAAAAGGAGCCUCAGAGGCUUCCUCCUCUUCGAUUACUGACGAGAGAGCUGUGGAGGCGCAGAAGAAACAGAGGACGGCUGCUUGGGCGGUUUCUCCUAACCACGGGAUUGUUUUUGAUGACACGUGGAAGUUAGUUGAUGAUUUGGAGAUUUUGGUUAAGAGGUUGAAGUCUAAACAGGAGAAAGUGAAUAAUAACAAUAAUAAUAAUAACAAUAACAAUGUUGAUGCGUUUUCUGAUGCGGGAUGGUCUAGAGAGUUAGGUCCUUCCACGGAGUUAUCUGACAAGAGGAUCUACUGGGAAGAGUCUAGUCAUGAUUAUAAUGUGUUUGUGAAGGAGUUGGGAGUGUUGAGGAGUAAAGCAGAUGGAGCUAGGUCGAGAGAAGAAGCUUUUGAUGGACAUAUGGCGAUUGGUAAGGUCUUGUACGAGCACCAGUUGUUUAAAGAAGCGCUCGUUAGCUUCAAGAGAGCUUGUGAGCUUCAGCCUACUGAUGUGAGACCUCAUUUCAAAGCUGGGAACUGUCUCUACGUGUUGGGGAAAUGUAAAGAGUCGAAAGAUGAGUUUUUGUUGGCGUUGGAGGCGGCUGAGUCCGGUGGGAAUCAGUGGGCGUACUUGCUUCCUCAGAUUUAUGUUAAUCUUGGGAUCUCGUUGGAAGGUGAAGGUAUGGUUUUGAGUGCUUGUGAGUAUUAUAGAGAAGCUGCGAUUCUUUGUCCUACGCAUUAUAGGGCGUUGAAGCUUUUAGGUAGUGCGUUGUUUGGUGUGGGAGAGUAUAGAGCUGCUGUUAAGGCUUUAGAGGAAGCUAUUUAUUUGAAACCGGAUUACGCUGAUGCUCAUUGUGAUUUAGCUUCUUCUUUGCAUUCAAUGGGGGAAGAUGAGAGAGCUAUUGAGGUUUUCCAGAGGGCUAUUGAUUUGAAGCCUGGUCAUGUCGAUGCUUUGUAUAAUCUCGGUGGGCUUUACAUGGAUUUAGGUAGGUUUCAGAGAGCUUCUGAGAUGUACACUAGGGUGUUAGCUGUGUGGCCUAACCAUUGGCGUGCUCAGCUCAACAAGGCUGUGUCUUUACUUGGUGCUGGAGAGACUGAAGAAGCUAAACGAGCGCUUAAGGAAGCGCUGAAGCUGACUAACCGCGUUGAGUUACAUGAUGCGGUUUCUCAUCUGAAGCAUUUGCAGAAGAAGAAAGGUAAGAAGAAUGGUAAUGGUAAUGGAGGAGAAGGUCCUUUUAUCAUCGUGGAGACGUCAAAGUUCAAGACCGUUGGUGAGAAGACAACUUUGAGACCGGAUUUAGCCACUGCGCUUCAGGUUAGAGCCUUUCAGAAGGUGACAAGGCUCGGGAAAUGCGACGUGGAGGCUGUGAGGAAGGAGAUGAGAGACAAUGACGUUCCUGUAUCGUAUUCAGGAAGUGGUGGACCGACUAAAUCAAUCAGGAAACCAAAUCUUGAGGAGAUUCUCAGGCGUCUACUUAUAUCCUUGAAGCCUGAGACUUUCCAAGGAGCUAUUAAGGCUAUAAACGAGAGGAUCCUCUCGGUUCUUGAUGAUUCAGGGUCUGGUAGAGUAGAUAUGGGUAUGUUCUACGCAGUGAUUGCUCCUCUAUGCGGUGGACAUUCAGACAAACGCAAAAGAGUUGCCUUCGAGGCGCUUCUUUGGAGACCAGUUAACGAAGGAAGCUCACAGAUCACAAAAACAGAUGCAGACAAGUACAUCAAACUCUUGAGAGCUAUCUACAUUCCAUCACAUGGUAUGAGUGAGAUGCUAGAAGUUCACGGAGAAGAAGGAGCUGACUCCUCCAUGACGGUAACGUUUAAUCAGUUUCUAGCUAUGUUUGAGGAUCCUGACUGGGGGUUUGGUAUCAUGUCCACGAUACUUAAACUUGAGGGGAACGAUAGAAACCGACAUGGCAACCAUGUCUGCUCGGUUUGUCGGUAUCCGAUCAUUGGAUCUCGGUUUAAGGAAGUGAAAGCUCGGUUUAGUUUGUGUAACCAGUGUUACAGUGAAGGGAAGGUUCCACCUUCGUUUAAGCUGGAGGAGUACAAGUUCAGAGAGUAUGGGAGUGAAGCUGAAGCUAUGAAAGCUAAGUGUGUUUGUUUCUCGAUGCAGUCUCAUAAGAAACCGAUAGCCGCUUGAAAAAAGAAAACUACUAACUCUAUCACGUUUUCAUUUGAAUCUUUUGUAACUUUUUUUUUGUUGUUAGAACUUUUGUGUGCAUAGCUUGGAACUUUGAAGAAGUGUAUGAUGUUGAGUGUGCAAGAGAUUACAAUAUUUCGUUAAUGAAAUUAAGGUUAAGCGUGUCGAAAAACAAUCAGAAGCAAGAUUCCUGACAACAUUUUAAUGAUGUAAAUUAAU